AUCUAAAAGUCCCUAUUUAUUACUAUAGUAGUUCGCAAACAUAACUUAAGCUCGGAUUGUGAUUCAGGCGUGUAGAGACUGACUGAGGUUAUAGCUUGGGCCAAUUCUUUUAGGAAGUGCGUGCAUUCAAUACAUGUAGCACGGUCUGUGCGUGUCUGCGUGACUCUUGAAGCAGCUAGUAUUCAAUAGAAUAGGCCCACCUGAUAACAACCGUGUGGGUAAAAGCCGAGUCGAUAAUCAAUAAUUGGUGUCUACAAUGUAUUCAUUGAAUAUUGCCUGUGGAUUGAAAGUGGUGUUAUAGAGAACGUCUAACAUACUGAAGAACGGUGAUUACUCUGUGGAAUACAGGACCGUUUUUAUAGAUAUUGGAUGUACGUAUUGUAUACAUCGCAUUACAUUACACGAGGGAGGCACACGUGGUUGAUGGGCUAUAAAAGCAAUUGCAUCGUCAAUUUACCUAGAUAAAAUAAUGGUGCAAUAUUUGACGAUGGCUCUUAGAGGUCUCCUUCGGUUUGUCUUCCUAUUCCACUUGUUGACGUUUGCAACUUCGGACCAAUCACACACCGGACGACCUAACGUCGUGUUCAUUCUCGCUGACGACUUUGGGUACAACGAUGUCGGAUAUCACGGUCGCGAGCAUGGGUCGAUGGUGUUGACGCCGAAUCUCGACGGGUUAGCUGGAGAAGGAGUCAAGCUUGAGAAGUACUAUGUCCAACCCAUCUGCUCCCCAACCAGGAGCCAACUACUCUCGGGGAGAUACCAGAUCCACACAGGCCUUCAGUACGGUGUCAUCAGACCAGCACAGCCUCACUGUCUGCCCUUGGAUGAGGUGACCCUCCCCCAGAAACUAAAAGAGCGGGACUACGCCACACACAUGGUCGGUAAAUGGCACAUCGGCUUUUAUAAAGACGCGUGUACGCCGACAGAAAGGGGCUUCGAUUCUUACUUUGGGUACCUCUCUGGUGCAGAAGACUACUACUCUCACUCGCGCUCGUUCCAAAUCGGUAGCAAGACUCUGAAAGGACUUGACUUGAUGGCCAAUAAGACACCUGCUUUCCAGUACAAGGGACAGUAUUCGACGCAUCUCUUCACCAGUAAAGCCAUUGACGUCAUCAAUAACCACGAGAGGUCAAAGCCACUAUUUCUGUAUCUGGCAUACCAAGCCGUGCACAGUCCUCUGCAAGUACCCUCCAAAUACGAAGAGCCUUAUGCGAACAUCACCAGUUCAGCGAGACGAGCCUAUGCAGGGAUGGUGUCAUGUAUGGAUGAGGGUAUCGGGAACGUUACCCGGGCACUCGUGGACGCAGGGCUGUACAACAACACCAUCAUCAUAUUCUCCACAGACAAUGGUGGUCCCAUCAAUGUCGGUGCGAAUAACUGGCCUCUGAGGGGGUCGAAGGGCUCCCUCUGGGAGGGAGGGGUGCGUGGUGUAGGGUUCGUUCACAGCCCCCUCCUGCCCCCAUCGGUGAAAGGAACGAUAAAUCAUGAACUCAUUCACGUGAGUGACUGGUUACCCACCAUCGUGGCAGGCAUGGCUGGGGGUAGCCUGAAUGGAACCAAACCUCUGGAUGGCUACGAUGUCUGGAACUCGAUCAGGGGCAUGGAUCCCUCCCCUCGGCAGGAGCUACUCCAUAACCUGGAUCCCCUCGACGUCGCAGCGGACUUCGAAGGCGAUGCUAAAUGUUCUGGAAAGAAAACGACGGAGUGUAGGAUGAUUCCGGGAAAGUUCAACACGUCGAUGAAGGCUGCUCUGCGUGUGGGGGACUGGAAGAUUCAGACGGGUUCGGGGGCUAAAUAUUCAGGUGACGUGCAGGUGAAUUUGUGGAAGCCGCCUCCCGAAUCCGGACUCCAUACCAUUUAUCCAGUGCAAAAACCAAAGCAGAAAGUGUGGCUGUUCAACAUAACCGCCGAUCCGCUGGAGGAGAACGAUCUAUCCGAUACGUAUCCGGAUGUGGUGGCGCAACUUCUACACAGGCUGCAGUACUAUUACAAGGAUUCGGUUCCCCCGAGGUAUCCGCCCCCGGAUGUAAAUGCUGACCCGGCUUUACAUGGCGGUGCUUGGGGUCCAUGGGAAUGAAAUUGAGACAAUGAUUACUUACGGCGUGAAGACUGUUCAAAAUAUAAUUGAGGACAUCAACAAUACUGUUUUGUCUCAUACAAUGCAUACUGCAGAAUAUCAACAUCUGUUUUCACUUUCUUUUUUCUUUUUUCCCAGAUCUAGUAUUCAUUUGUUUUGUGCUAGAUUUGUUUCUCUUUUUUUCCAAAGAUAAUGAAUAAAUGGGCUUUAGGCCCUGGUUAUUGAUGUUGUUAUUCAAAA